AUGGCAGCCUCAGUGUCCAACUCUACUUCACAAACAUCUCAUAACGAUACGACAUCAUCUCGUCAUCGUCGUUCGACGAUAUCUCUACACUCAAAACCUGGACUCGGUCUCAUUCGAACUAUUUCUCGCGAUUUGAUCACUGGGUGGCACACCACCACCGCUCUCCAAAAAGAACCUUUGGAUACCUUGACUCCCUCGACUGCACCGACAGGGAUCUACAAACCUCGUCACGCAGCACGAGACGCCAUGAAGAGCUGCCCUCUAAUCCCUCCCACCACCCCCACCAACCAAGAAACCUCCCAGAUGGAUCCAAGAGCAAGUUUCUCAUCCUUUGAAAACGCUCAAGCACGCGAACUCGACCUCCGCACACGUCAAGAUAGUGUAACACCCUCCUCGCCCACAAAACCACUCGCCCGCGUCCCAGCAGGUCUGAUUCCCGACCACUCCUUUGAUACCUGGACAGCAACUUGGGAAACCGCCUACGACGCCACCCAUUUCGCCAACCCUCCCUCUCCCUCUCCUGGCAUCACACGCAGUUUCACAGUCCCUGCUCUAAGCUCCAAAAAGCCCACUCGUCCGCCUCUCACAGGCCGUCUCUCCGUCACAGAUGCAGAGAUUAAGAAAUUUGUCUUUGGAGAUCGAGAGGAUAGGAAAAGGGGGUUUAGGGGGCCUGAGGAGUUUUUGGUGCCAGAGAAGGAGAGGAGGGGGAGUGAGGUGCCGAGUCUGGUGAGAAGCGAGGGGAGUUGUGGGAGCGGGGGAUUGGAAAAUCUGGAGGAGGGGAGCGAAGAGGAGGGGGAGGGAAAGGUGGAGGUUGAGCUGGAGUUGGAUGAGAAGAGGAAGGGGAGGGUGUUCGUUAGGGACGCUGAGGUCUUUUCAGAGGGGGACGUGCUUGUGGCGUAG